AGGCAUAAAAAAUUUCCAUUAUUACAACUUGGCCCUUCCCCUUCCUCUGCUCCCUCAAACCUCCGUCUCUCGUGUAACAAUAUAGUUAGGUUACUUCUAUUCCCCCCGCCGCCUCCCUUUAUCCGCACGAGCGCCGCCAGCUACGGCGAGCCGCCGCCGCAACCGCGACCACCGCUCGACGGGUCGCCGGAAUAUAUAGCUGCCUUUCGCGCCUUUCCUCGUUGCUUCCUCUAGGGAUGGCGACCUCUGCGCUGCUCCGGGCUCUCAGGCGGCCCUCGUCCGAAGCCGCGCAGCGAUUGGCAACGAGUGCCAAUGUGCGAGCAGUUACAGGCUACAGACAUUUGAAUAACAGGAAUCUAAGUGUUUUCAAUGAGUUCUCGAAGCAACUAAAGGGUGAGGCUAAGAGUAAUCCUGAAUUCCAGAAAUCCAUGAGGGAGUUUGGUGAGAAACUUGGUGUGGUAAAGGAAGAUCUCAAGAUAAGAACUAAGAAAACGACUGAGACAAUUUACAAGAGUGUUGAUGGUGUUUGGAGUGAAGCUGAGGAGACAUCUAAAAAGGUUACUGCAAAUAUCAAAGAAAAAAUGUUUGCUGCUAAAGAAGAGGUGAAGGAAAGCUUUGGACUAGGAAAAGAAGAGAGCACAAGUUGUAGGGAUGGUUUGCCUGAAGCUUCAAAACAUGAGAAAACUGAGGCACCCUCGCAUUCAGAUGGCAUGUCCGAAGAAGCCACAAGUAGCCAUACAUUGUUUGCUAAACUGAAGUCAACAAUCUCAUCUGCUUCCCCAGUGGUGUCCGGUGCAUUUGCAAAGUUGAAGGACACAAGAGCCUCAACUUUAGCUAAGCAGGGAUAUGAAAUCGUCAAAGAUGAAUUAAGUUCUAGCUCUAGCAGAAAGAAGAAAUAUCAAGCUAGGCAUGCUUCUGCUGCAGUUGAAAAGAGUACAAGAACUGAUAUAGUUAUUAUACCAACAAAGAAGUCGGUAUUGGGUGAAAAAUGGGAAGCAUUUAAGAAUCAGAUGCAAGGUCAUCCGGUCUAUAAGAGAUUAAAUGAAUACACCAAACCUGUUGUAACCCGGGGACAAGAGGUAGCAGAGGAUGUCCGAGAAAGAUGGGAGACAAGUGACAAUCCAGUAGUUCAGAAAAUUCAAGAUUUGAACGAAUCUUUUCUUGAAGAAACCGCAGCUGCAGUGACAUUCAGGGAGAUUCGGCAAAGAGACCCGUCCUUUUCCCUGUCCGAUUUUGUUGCUGAUGUUCAAGACAUGAUCAGGCCUGUUCUCACUGCAUAUUCUAAGGGUGACGUGGAGACUUUAAAAAAGUAUUGCACAAAGGAAGUGAUUGAGCGCUGCAAAGGAGAGAGACAAGCUUAUGCAUCACAGGGCAUAUUUUUCGAUCACAAAAUUCUGCACAUUUCAGAGGCUGAUGUAUUGGAAACAAAAAUGUUUGGAUCUGCACCUGUAAUUAUCUUACGCUUCCAAACGCAGCAGAUAUAUUGUGUUCGAGAUAGAGAAGGACAAGUCACAGAAGGAGGACAGGAUACCAUCCAAACUGUAUUUUAUUCGUGGGCUAUGCAACUAUUGGAGAGUGAUGAGGUGCCAGAAGCAGAAUCAUAUUACCCAGUUUGGCGGCUGCGUGAGAUGCAACAAGCUGGCGUCAGAGCUCUCAUAUAGGACAGGUCUUCUUUUUCUUCAACUCUUCAUCGGAUCAACUGUUACCACUUUCACCGCUCAACGAGCUAUGGGCAAGAAUGCUGUCCUCUCAGUGCAAGCAAUUUUCCACAGAUUGUUUCUUUUGAUGUAUACUGGUAACUGAUGGCAGCAGUUUCUUCCUAUUUUUUUCCUCUGAUGUAUCUAACGCGUGUGUUACUCGGAAAUCAGCUGUUCUUUCCACCUGUUGGCUGAAAACGAUUGUAAGCAGCAAGCUCGAUUUACUUUUGGUUCCGAAUUGAAAAGGAACACUCCGAGAUGAUCUUGGACGAGGCUUCUCUUUUCCUGAGCA